UUUUUUUUUUAUUAUUUUUUUAGCGCAGCUUUUUGUCAACACCGAUUUUGGAUAAUUUUAAAGAGUCUGGAGGCGCGCAUUUAACUCAACUACACCCGCCAUUAUGUCUGAAGUCCGCAUACGUCCGCGUCAAGUGCUCAUUCUCAUCAUUGUGUUCAUAAUUGUGCUGAUGAUGGUACAUCGAAACGGCAAACGCACUUGUCAGGGCCCGGAAUACCUGCAGGCUAUGUACGCACAAGAUCAGAUAAACACGUUGCCCAAAAUCUAUGCGAUAACGCCGACGUAUGCGCGACCCGCUCAGAAGGCUGAACUGACUCGUCUGUCUCAUUUGUUCAUGCUGGUGCCAAAUCUUCAUUGGAUCAUUGUGGAGGAUGCCAACACGACGAGCUCGCUGGUGCGCAGCCUUCUGGAUCGUUCAGGCCUAGUGGAUCGCUCCACACAGCUAAACAUUAAGACGCCGCCCGAAUUUAAGCUGCAGGGCAAAGACCCCAAUUGGAUAAAGCCGCGUGGAGUGGAGCAACGCAAUCUUGCCCUGUCAUGGCUACGCGCUCAUGUCGAUGUGGAGCGACACGCCAUUGUCUUCUUCAUGGACGACGACAACUCCUAUGCGGUGGAACUGUUUGCUGAGAUGUCAAAAAUCAAGCCAGGCCGUGUAGGCAUUUGGCCAGUUGGCCUCGUUGGCGGCCUAAUGGUCGAGCGGCCACUACUUAAUGCAGACAACACGCAGGUGGUUGGAUUUAAUGCCGCUUGGCGACCAGAACGACCAUUUCCCAUUGACAUGGCUGCCUUUGCCAUCAGCAUGGACCUGUUUAUAAGCUUCCCACAGGCUAUCUUCUCGUAUGAAGUACAGCGUGGCUAUCAGGAGAGCGAAAUACUUCGCCACCUCACCACGCGCGACAAGCUCCAACCAUUGGCCAACAAUUGCCGAGAUGUUCUCGUUUGGCAUACGCGCACGGAGAAAACGAAACUCAAUGCCGAGGAGGCACUGCAGCGGAAGGGCCAACGCUCAGACGAUGGAAUAGAGGUGUAGUGUCAAGCGUACUUAAAUAAUUGCUCAUGUAUUAGCGAAUUUAAAUAGCCAUUAUUCAAUUGUAUAUAUACUCUAUAUAUGUGUGUGUAAGUUACAAGAUUCUGUAUUGAUUUUAUUAUUGUGUCUGUAUGUAUUUAUUGUACUUCGAAAUUGAUCUGUUAAUUCAAAUACGCCAGUAGUUAAAUAAAGCUAUUGUUAGAUGAAGCAAUGGCAGAGUUUUUUAAAA